AUGGUUGAAAUUGACAUUAGCAUCAACCAAGAACUGUACACUAACUUUGACACCGUUCAGGGCGAGGCCACAGUGACAAACGAUGCCGAGCUCACAUUGGAUCGCAUCGAAAUCAAGCUAGAAUGCGUGGCACGGAGCUUAAUCAGAGUGCAGAGAGGCAAAACCACACUGACAUACACUGAAAAGCACAAGCUUGUCUACCAGAAACUAGUGGUGUUCCCGCCAGAAAACGUCUUGAGUGUCGCAAGCCCAGGCGUGCAGUUCACCUUGCCUCCAGGCAGACACCGCUACCAAUUUCUGUUUAAGCUUCCUGCCAAUAACGAAGACGAGCUGAUCUACCACCGCAGCUUUGUGUUCCGCCAAAAUAAACACAUCCUGUGCGCUUUACCCCCGUCGUGCAAGAGGAAAACCAUUUCCGGCAUGUCUUCGGCAAGUGCGCAGGUGGAGCAUUUUGUAAAGGUUGUGGCAAAGAAGAAGGGGAUCAUGAGCUUCAACACCCGCAAACACAAAUAUUUCACAUUCUUGCCGAUAGACAAACACGUGGGGCACCUGAAUCUUGUGUUUGAGGCGGAACACACGUUUGUGGGGAAGAUGCCGUUGCGGGCUGAUGAGGAAAAAAAAUCGAGAGACGUUCCUCUGGAUAGUACCAAACCCUCGCGCUUAUCGCGCAUUUUUGGCAGCAGUGACACACACAGCGGCCCUGUGAUAUCCCCCGGAUUGGCUAAAAACGUUCCAAUCAACUUCCAAGUCAGGUUUUACGAAGUCCCUGGCGUCCAGGUGAACGCGCCGGCCAGUUUCCGCCUUUUUGUCACGACGCCCCUACAUCCCUCCACCUUCCAGCUCUCCAACGGUGAAACAUCUGGCUUGGGGGAGUUGUACCUCAGUGAAUUGGAGAUUCAGCUCGAAGCACUCACCGUCGUCACAGCCCAGGGGUACAGGCGAUCCGGGGUCAGAAACAUCCGUUUGUGUAAAUUCCAAGGACUCCAUAAGAUUGAUCUAGCCAGAGCAGUCCCGUCACACGAAGGACACCUCUUUGAGGUGGAAUUGCCACGUGAUGUGUAUAAAACAACCAUGGUCAUGGAGGGCGUCGUGCCGGACUUUUCGGUGUGUAAUAUCAAGCGGUCAUACGCCUUGAGGACCGAUGCUAUCUUCAAAGCCACCAAGGACGAAACGGGAUCCUUUUUCGGAUUGAAAGCCCGACACAAAAUCCUGCUUAGACACCCAGUUCUGGUUUUGAGCGGCAUCACUCCGGAAGCAGACAUCCAGGCUCCAAUCUAUGUGCCGGUGAGCGCGCCCGACGGCCCGUUCGAGCCAGCUCCGCCUUACGCCGAUCUGCAAGCAUGA